CACUCACUUUACUUUGUGUUUUAAUGCGGCGUUUUUUUAGACGCGGCGUAUCAAGAAGAACCCAUGAACAAUUCUUUCUUUAAACUUUAGCUUAUCUCGAAGCAGAUUAAUUCCAUCGCAGGAAAUGCAAAUGUCUGUCGACAAACGCUAUACUUGCCUCUUUCGUACUCCGUGCGUAACUCGAACGAUUAGAUGGCUUAAAAACGAAAUGGAGCGCACAAACGAAGGGUCUCGUUACAUUGUAUAAAAGAGGGUCUGUUUUUUCGUUUUUUGUUAGAACGAUAGUAGGAUUCCGUCGUAAUGACUUCGACUAUUGUAUUGUUUUCCGCGCUUUUAUUAUUAUCCCGAAAUAUUCGCGGAUGGUAUAUCGCGUUUCCGAACAACAGCGCGAUCGUCAGCAAUGAACUUCGUGAAACCACGUUUCAACCAGCUUUCAUAUUUCCAGGAACAAAAUGGUGCGGCAGUGGUAAUAUAGCAAAUGGUCCAGAUGAUUUGGGAGUAUACGCAAUGACUGACGCAUGUUGUCGUGAACACGAUAAUUGCAAAGAUAUAAUCGAACCGACGCAAACUAAGCAUGGCUUGACUAAUACUGCUUUUUACACGAGGCUACACUGUUCGUGCGACGAGAGGUUCUAUGACUGUCUCCACAGCUCGGAGGAACUCGUUAGCGAGAAGGUCGGCUUCCUUUACUUCAGCGUGUUAGACACGAAGUGCUUCCGCGAAGACUACCCCAUCGUUGGCUGCAAACGGCAUUCACUCAUUCCUAGACGCUGUUUGGAGUACGAGCUGGACGAGAGCCAACCGAAAAUGUAUCAGUGGUUUGACGUACCCACGUAUUUCCAAAACGGUUACCGGAUGGUAAUCGCUGGUCGUCAUAUUCGAUCAUUCGAUUCCGGCGCCUCAUUCACAGGCCGAUAGAAGUUCAUUUUGUGAGACCACUGACCACUGCAGGAAACGUCGUAUGCGUGUAAAAUCGUAUAAAUUUGCAUAAAUUUCGAUUUGAGCUUGUACUCAACGUAGUUAAAUAAAUAGACAAAUAUCAAUAAAACUACUCUUACGCUUUACUUCCAUUGUCUGUCCUUCUUUCAAUUUUUUCUUAAACGCGCUUUAGAUAUGAAUAAAUUAAACCGGAAAACGGGUGUACGCGCACGAGAAUGCAGAUCGAUUGUAGAGUGGAUAAUUCGCAAAAGUGGAAAUUAUGAGGACCAUUAGAUGCACCAAUCAACUGCAAAUUAUAAAAGCGUUUUAUUUUUCCGGUUGGAUACAUCAAUAUAAUAUAAUUAAUAGAUGACUUUAGUCAUAAACUAUGUUCAGCACAGAGUCACGUUCAAACAUUUACCCUAUAAACACACAAUAUUCCUAGAAUAUUGUAUAAAUAUUAUUAAAGAUUGAAAUAAUAUUAUUACAUAUGAAUAUUCCGAGAAUAUUAUUUAAUACUUUUUAAUAUUAUGGAAAUAUACCGUUAAUGAUUUUCCAAAGAAAGGGCUUAUGUAAAUCAUACGCGGUUAUGUGUGCGCUAGUAUGUACAUGUAUUAUAAUUUAUAUAUUUCAAGAAAAAGUUAAAUGUGUCAAAUGUGACAUGUUUCGGCUACCUUUCGAGCUAUCUCCAGACCGCUUAUACAAAAUUAAUGUGGAUGAGGCAUCUAAUUUAUUCUUCAACAACGAGUUGUCAGAUCAGGGUCGCAUCAUAUCACUCUUAUCGGAUGGAAAGCUGUAUGAGGAAUAUUUAAAACUUUUUAAUAUUUUAUGUCCUUGAGAGAUUGACGUCAUGUUUGCAGGAAUUAAAACUAAACUUUCCGUCGAUCGUAAUAAAAUGUUUGGUCAUUACAGGUAAAAACUGAAUAAAUACUGUUAAAUAGUGUUAAUGUUAUACGUCCACUUUAUAUAAUAUAUUUCGUAUAUUAUUAAUAAUCGUAAAAUAUUUGAAAAAUAUUUAUAUAUUUUUAAAAUUUGGAGGAAUAAACAUUUUUGAAAUGUAUUAUAAAAUCAUUAAUAAUAAAUGGCACGAUUAAACUGUAUUUUUAAACGACAUUUCACGUACUCUAUUGUUUGCAUGAACUUCAUUUUACUUUAAUAAAAAGCAUAUCUACAUUAAUAUUUUUGGAAUAUUAUUUAAUAUCAUUAACUAGAAUAUUACUUACAUUUAAUAUUCUAAGAAUGUACCUAAAAUAUUACUUAAUAUUAAACAAUAUUACGCGCUUAUAGAGUAAUGACAAAGAAUAACUGAUAUCCCAUCACUUGAUAUUUCUGAUGAUAAAUCAACAUUUCGUCACAUAAAUUAUUUAAUGUUAAAUAAACUAAACGUGCACGUUGGGAAAAUAUUUACACGUAGAACAUAUAUUCAUCGCAAUUAAAAUUAGCAAAUAAUAUUUCUCUGAAUACAUUAUAAUAUUAUCUAUCUCCUCCGUACUUUAUUCGCUGUACAAUGUAACAAUAAGUCCCGUUGAAACCCCACUAAAUCAUUUCAAUGUAAUCGCCUGUUAUCGGAUCUCUGAAAAAAAAAAAAAAAAACAAAAGCUGAAAUAGAAGCUACGUUAGCACGGAAGAAACGAGAUAGUUGGUCCACGGGGCGCUGUGAGACAGGAGAUAAGCGACGAGAGUCGAAUCGGAGGUGGGCGAGGGAGCGGCUCACUUCUCUCCCUUGCUUCCUCUUCUCGCUUUUCCAAGGCUUUCCUCCAUUUUAUGCGAGGCCGUGCGGGCAGCUGGCGCUUACUCCGGGAUUUGCUUGGAAAUUUAUGUCCGGAUGGAGCACAGCCGCCUCGCCUCGUCCCUCGCGUAGCCAGCAUCCUCCUACCACCGAUUUACAACUUCUCCGCUCACCUGCGCCAACUUUCGGAUGCGCGUGAGCGCGCGUCAGCUCUCCAACCCAGCGAUUCCAUUCUUCGUCACGUCGUGUACCAUCGACGCGAUAGGAAAAAUUGUCGACUUCACGUUGAACGUCGUGAUUUAUUGCUGGAGAAAUCGCGUGCCUUUGCUACCAUCGCCGUUGUUGAAGGCCAAGGUGCAACGAUGACAAUAUUUAAGAGCACGGGAUAUGGGAUAUCUGCAGAAUUGAAGGAAUAGUGAGCAGUAAAAGAAUAUCAAAUAAGGAAAAAUAACAGACUUCGGGCAGUAUAAUCAUAUGUAUAGUGAUAAAAAAUAAUAAAUAAUUAGAAUUUAAAAACAUUUAUUAUGGAAGCACGAUCAUUCGUGAGUUUUUUCUAGAAAAUUCAUGAAUUUAGUACUGAAAUGAAAAGAGAAAAGAUUUAUGAAAUAAAUGAAAGGAAGAAUGUAACACAAAAAAUCUUCUGGAAGACAAUUAAAAAAUUACAAUUAAACACUCAGUUCUGGGAAUCGCUGAACACAAAAACUUGAAGACCUAAUUAACAUCACUAGAUUUAAGAUUUAUUAGUAAGGAUGGUUGGUUUCUUGAAAUAUGAUUUUUUUACUGAACGACUUCUAAAAGAGAUAUUUAUUCUUAUAUUCUGAAUGUAUGAUGAUACACAAGAAAAGAAGUGAAAGAGGAUGAGACUUGAGACUUAUAUAUAGUUUUCGUAAAGAGAUACGAUUUGACUUCUCAAAUUUCGAGACUUUUUAAAUUCGAGUUCUGCUAUUCACUGAUAAUAAGGUCUCAUUAUGGAUGAUUCCAGUGUACUCCGGAUUUUUCGAGAUCUAUAAGAUACACUUCCGGCAUCAAUAUAAUCAAUUGUUUAAUUAGAUUUCAACAUUUGUUGGUUCUCUGACUUGUUGCUUAAAAAUUCGAAGUCCUCAGUAUUUUGUCAUUUCAUUAAUCUGAAAUAUAAGUAUAUGUCAUAUCACUUUGUUCAUAUCAUCCUUGUUUCUCUUCGAUCCAUUAUUUAACGUCGCUACGUCUUUGUAAAUAAUAUUCAAUAUGUUAAAUAUGUCAUAACUUUGAGUGUAAAACCUAUUGAAAUACAAUUUAAUGAAUAUAAUUGUUGAGUUUUUAAUUUAAAGUAUUGAAUAUUAACACAAUCAAAAUUUUAAUAUUGUGUAUAAAAUGUAUAUUAUAUAAGUAAAUAGCCAUAAUACCUCCUUUUCGUCUAUUAUUAUCAAAAAAUUCUGGCAAAGAUGGAUAGUCAUUACUUUAUUGUUACUUUUAUUUUUUUAUUAAUAAUAUAACGAUUUGAUAGAUUCAAUUGAGUUAGUGAUAUACAUGACUCUAUCGCAAACUGGAGACACGUAGCCUCUAUUAUUCAACUCCAACUGUCACUACCAUAUUGGCGAACCUUGGGAACCUGAGCAACCCUGCGGAAGACUGUGGUAAACAAUACUAGUGAGAAGUAGGAGAAUCAAAGCUAACAAAAGCCCGAGAAAUUGCCCUCCAAUAAGAAAGUUAGGUUAGGUUAAGAUCUGACAAACCAUUCCCAUGAAAACAUAACAACCAUUACAAAAACUAAAGAAAACAGAGCCGGACGGAUCCGGAUCUCAAGACAACGACCUAGCAAUCCAAGGAAAUGCGAAUUGGAACGUGGAAUACUCACACUUUGUACAACGCAAAAGCACUAAGGGAUCAAGACACUGGACUACAACGUAGAUAUCACAGUACUACAAUAUCAAAUCGAUGGAAAGGAACGUCAAGGGAUCAUUGAAAAAUGAAAGCACACGAUAUAUUACAACUGUUAUAAGAAAAAACACAUUUUUGGAGUGAUAUUUAUAAUUAAUCAGCAAAUUAGAUUUAAUGCAGUCAACCACAGAAUUUAUAACAUUGGAAUAAGGACAAAAUGUUUUUAACUAUAAUAUAAUAAAUACUCAUGCGCCCACAGAAGAUAAAUCCCAAAAUGUAAAAGAAGAGCUCUAUAAAGAUCUUGAAACAUACUUAGACUUUGCCCUAAAAACGAUAUAAAAAUGGUCGUAAGUGUCAUGAAUACCAAAGUAAGAUGGGAUUAGGUUUAUUCCUACAAUAGGAAAAGAUAGUCUUCACCAAGAAACAGAAUCCAUAUGAUAAACCUUUCUACAUUUUUUAAUGUAAUUAUAUCAAUCACACUGUUUCAAUAAGAAUAUAUACAAAAUAAUUCGUCGCAUCCGACGGCCGACCUGGAAACUAAAUAGACUUUUUGAUCAAUUCUAGACAAAAGAAGAACAUAAGACGUAAUUGACUGUAGAAGCUAGAGGAAAGCCAAUGUUGAUUCGAACCACCAUCUAGUCAUUACCAAACUACGAGCGAGAAUAUUAGAGACAAAAAGGAAAAAGAAAGCAGAAAUAAGUUAAAAGUUAAAAGUUAAAGAACUGAAGGAUCCGAAGCGAAGCAAUUACCCCCAAAAAA